AUGGCUGCUUCACGGGAACGCCGAUCGAAUGCUGGCCGACGGAUGGCCACUUUGCUAAAUGAAGAGGAAGAGGAUGAGUUUUACAAAACAUCCUACGGUGGAUUCAAUGAGACGGUCGACGAUGGAGAUUAUGUUCAGAAAAAUGACGACGAAGAAGAUAUCAUCGAUUCCGACUUCAGUAUCGAUGAAAACGAUGAGCCAAUUUCCGACGUGGAAGAGGAACCGGCAAAGGGUAGCAAACGCCGCAAAAUAGGCACAGUAACGAAGGCGUACCGAGAACCGGCACCGAAGAAACAGGCACCCAAAACGAAGGAACCGAAACCGAAAAACGAACGGCAGUCCACACUCCGAAAGCGGCCAAAGUUUACCGUGAUCGAUUCUGGUCGCAAAUCGUUCCGAAAGUCAACUGCAGCCAAAACGGCCGCUACCCAGAGCCGGCUUAAGCAACGGUUCGAAGCGGAACGCAAACGAACCCGUGUCAUAAGGACUGAGGAAUAUAUUCCGACGCAAGAGGAGCUACUAGAAGAGGCGGGAAUUACCGAAAGGGAAAAUUUGAAAUCUUUAGAACGCUUUCGAAGGAUGGAAUUAGAAAAACAGAAAAUGAGACCUACUAAAAAGAAAUUUACCGGUCCAACGAUACGUUACUUUUCCACUGCAAUGCCCAUCAUCGAAGAAGUUCACGAUCACAAUACCGAUGUAGAUCCUCUCAGCAUAAGCGAUCCGAAGGAAGCGGACGAAAUGAAUGAGAAAACGACGAGAGAAAAGUCUGUGAAACGAAACAAAAAGAAAACAACCGUGAUGGAAGUAACUGGCCAAUACGAGCGAACCUUUAUCACGUAUGAAAAUGACAUCGACAACAAAGUGUUUGAGUCGUACUUCCCCAAACCGGACACGGCUCGUAAGCAUCGUCAGAUUUGUGCCGUUACGCGACUGCCGGCCCGGUACUACGAUCCCAUCACGCAGUUACCAUACCGGAAUAUGCAAGCAUUUAAGAUAUUGCGCGAAGCGUACUACCAGCAGCUGGAAGAACGUGGAAACUUCGACAAUCCGGACGUCGCUCGAUGGUUGGAAUGGCGCAAGAAGAUAAAGGAAUACCGGGUUACCAGUAUGAACAAAACGCAGUCUUCCGCCAAAGCGAUGAAACCAACCGCAACAGCUGGUAGUCCGGUGAAGUUAAACACUGCCACGCCUACGGUGUUAGGUGUCACCGGUACGAUGAAAUGA